UGGAUUGGCCCCAAAUUAUAUACUCCCGAGAGGAGUUCAUCUUGAAUCAGAAAGGAGUUUCUGAGAAUGCCGAUCGCUUCGAUUUCCAUCCUCCGCCAUUGCUACCGAGCUCCGGUGUCCCUCACGGCUUUCUUCCGAUGCACGGUUUCGCAUCAAGGCGGCAGCGGCAGCGGCGGCGGCGGAAUCGGCGGGAGCUUCUAUGUUCUCGCGGCGAGAAGAGAGAACCCUAAUGUCUCCCGAAAGCCACAGCCGAGCAAGAAUAUGCUCAGAGCCAAACACACCUUCAAGGAGUACUCCUCGCUCGCGCCGGUUCUCUCUCCGGACGACAAGCCUUCUCUAUCGGAGUCUCAAGCUGUCGGAACCGUCGCCACCGCUCAGGCCAACUUUAUGCGUGUCAUUGUCCACGAUGGUCCUAGUUUUGAGGAGGAAGCUUCUGAAAGCUCGGUCGAUCAUCAAUCGUUGAGAACCGGCGUUGAGCUGCUCUGCGUGGUGAAAGCGGUGCUGAAGAAGAUAAGGAGGAGGGUUCUUGUUGGGGAUAAGGUUCUCGUUGGAUCGAUAGACUGGAUUGAUCGAAGAGGAAUGAUCGAGAACGUGUUUCAGCGACGCACUGAGAUUCUUGAUCCUCCUGUGGCGAAUGUUGAUCACUUGUUGGUGCUUUUCUCUUUGGAUCAACCGAAGCUCGAGCCGUUCAUGCUCACGAGGUUCUUGGUGGAGGCCGAGUCCACCGGGAUUCCACUCACACUCGCUUUGAACAAGUCUGAGCUAGUCAACGAAGAGGAACUUGAAUCAUGGAAGGCAAGAUUGCGCAGGUGGGGAUAUGAGCCGAUGUUUUGCAGUGUCGGAACCAAACACGGACUUGAUGCUGUUGCAUUUAACCUUCGAAACCAGACUUCUGUGAUUGUCGGGCCUAGUGGUGUCGGGAAAUCUAGCUUAAUCAAUGUUUUGAGAAGCAACUCCGGUGGUCCCCGUGCCAUGGAAGAUGAUAACUGGUUUGAACCUAUCUUAGGCAGCAAGUGGUUUGAAGACCAACGAGUAGGCGAGGUCUCGACAAGAAGCGGUCGUGGGAAACAUACUACCCGAAAUGUCUCGCUACUGCCGAUAUCCGCAGGUGGUUACCUCGCCGAUACUCCCGGCUUUAAUCAGCCUAGUUUGCUGAAAGUAACGAAGCAAUCUCUCGCUCAAACGUUCCCCGAGAUUCGGGAAAUGCUCGAAUCUGCUAAAUGUGCGUUCAAAGAUUGCUUGCAUAUCGGGGAACCAGGAUGUGCGGUGAAAGGCGACUGGGAAAGGUAUCCUUACUAUUUGCAACUGCUCGACGAAAUCAGAAUCAGAGAGGAGUUCCAGCUGAGGACUUUCGGGACCAAACGGGAAGGCGACGUUAGGUACAAGGUGGGAGACAUGGGAGUUAAACAAGCGGAACCAAGGCUAGAAUCCAAGAAGCAUAGGAGACAGUCGAGGAAGAAGAUAAAACAGAACAUGCUUAAUGAGUUGGACGAGCUCGACGAGGAAGAUGAAUACUCGUACCUCGAAAACGACCCCAUCGUCAGGGCAAUAGAGAACGAGAACAACUGAAACAACUGAGUUUCGCAACCUUCCCCCAUGUAAAUAUUACGACAACGAACCCUCUUCUGGUCCAAAUCGGGUAACCACUGUUCUUAAUCCUUCA